AUGCGCAUGCCCAGUGUAUCCUACUGCUUUGCUCCGCUUUCAUGCAGCUCAGACUUCAAUCACCACGUAAGGGUAUCCUGGAAACUGGGCUCCAGUUGGCUGAUGCAAACAAGACUCGUGGGUUCCCAAGAGCUUUCGGCUCCUGGCAUGCUAGGUAGCGGUGUCUCUGUACGCCAGACUAUUCCCCACAGGCCGGCAUCUGCCCUCCGAGAUCCUAGAGCCUACGGUGUUGCCACGGAACGCCCGGAGCCGGAUGUGACGUUGCCGUGGAGGAAGAAGGGAGAGGUGGAGCGUGGCGCGGUGACGUCCUUCCAAGAUGGCGGAGAGAGAGUGAAGAACUGUUCUCCUUUGGGUUACUAUAGAGCAAGGGUAAAAUUCGAUUCUGAUAUCAAAAUGCAGUAUUCGCACCACUGUGAGCACCUUUUAGAGAGACUGAACAAACAACGGGAAGCAGGUUUUCUUUGUGACUGCACCAUAGUAAUUGGGGAAUUCCAGUUUAAAGCUCAUAGGAAUGUGCUUGCCUCGUUUAGUGAGUAUUUUGGUGCGAUCUACAGAAGCACUUCAGAGAACAAUGUCUUUCUUGAUCAGAGUCAGGUGAAGGCUGAUGGAUUUCAGAAACUGUUGGAAUUUAUAUACACAGGAACUUUAAAUCUUGACAGUUGGAAUGUUAAAGAAAUCCAUCAGGCUGCUGACUAUCUCAAAGUGGAAGAGGUGGUCACUAAAUGUAAAAUAAAGAUGGAAGAUUUUGCUUUUAUUGCUAAUCCCUCUUCUACAGAGAUAUCUAGUAUUACCGGAAACAUUGAAUUGAAUCAACAGACUUGUCUCCUUACUCUACGAGAUUAUAACAGUCGGGAGAAAUCAGAAGGGUCUACAGAUUUAGUUCAGGCAAAUCCUAAACGAGGGGCUUUAGCAAAGAAGUCAUCUCAAAGUAAAAAGAAGAAGAAGGCCUUCAACUCCCAGAAAACAGGGCAGAAUAAAACAGUGCAAUAUCCCAGUGACAUUUUAGAGAAUGCACCUGUUGAAGUAUAUCUAGAUGCAAAUAAAUUGUCCACACCUGUAAUAGAACAAGUUGCACAAAGAAAUAAUUCAGAACUUGAGUUGACAUCAGUUGUGGAAAAUACUUUUCCAGCACAAGAUAUUGUGCAAACUGUUACAGUGAAACGGAAACGUGGAAAAUCACAGCCAAACUGUGCUCUGAAAGAACACUCUAUGUCUAAUAUAGCCAGUGUCAAGAACUCUUACGAGCUGGAGAGCUCCGGGGAAGAGCUGGAUCAGAGGUAUUCCAAGGCCAAACCAAUGUGUAACACAUGUGGGAAAGUGUUUUCAGAAGCCAGCAGCUUGCGAAGGCACAUGAGAAUACAUAAAGGAGUCAAACCUUAUGUCUGCCACUUGUGUGGAAAGGCAUUUACCCAAUGUAAUCAGCUGAAAACGCAUGUAAGAACUCAUACAGGUGAGAAGCCAUACAAAUGUGAAUUGUGUGAUAAAGGAUUUGCUCAGAAAUGCCAGCUAGUCUUCCAUAGUCGCAUGCAUCAUGGUGAGGAAAAACCCUAUAAAUGUGAUGUAUGCAAUUUACAAUUUGCAACUUCUAGCAAUCUCAAGAUUCAUGCAAGGAAGCAUAGUGGAGAGAAGCCAUAUGUAUGUGAUAGGUGUGGACAGCGAUUUGCCCAAGCCAGCACAUUGACCUAUCAUGUUCGAAGGCAUACGGGAGAAAAGCCUUAUGUGUGUGACACCUGUGGGAAGGCAUUUGCUGUCUCUAGUUCUCUUAUUACUCAUUCUCGAAAACAUACCGGUGAAAAACCAUACAUAUGUGGUAUUUGUGGGAAAAGUUUUAUUUCCUCAGGAGAGCUCAACAAACACUUUCGAUCCCAUACAGGAGAAAGACCAUUUAUCUGUGAAUUAUGUGGAAAUUCUUACACAGAUAUUAAAAAUUUAAAGAAGCACAAAACAAAAGUCCAUUCUGGUACAGAUAAAAUUCUAGAUUCCAGUAUAGAGGAUCAUCACUUGAGUGAACAAGAUUCCAUACAAAAAAGUCCUUUAUCAGAAACUUUGGAUGUGAAGCCUUCUGAUAUGACUUUACCACUAACUCUUCCACUUGGGACUGAGGACCACCACAUGCUUCUGCCUGUCACAGAUAAUCAGUCUCCUACAUCAGAUACAUUGUUGAGGUCAACUGUGAACGGGUAUUCAGAACCACAAUUGAUUUUUUUACAACAAUUAUACUGACUUUGUGAGGAAUAUGGAAUUGCUAAAUCAUCUCUGGUAGUAAACAUAAACAUCUCUGGUAAGGUGCAUAUAUUCAUAUUAAAUUAACCCUUCAUUUGAGUUGUGGCCAUUAUUUUUCAUUCACUGAAGUAAAAGCACCUGGUGCUGCAUCAUAACUGUGCAAUGCUUAUUUUGAUAUUUGGCUUUUAUGUCUACAUUAUACACACAACUCUUAAAGGAAUGAGUUAUACUACAGUAGCACUAUUUGGGGUGGAUAAGUUUUACUACCUUUUAGAGCUGCCUUAAUUCCAUAUUUAUUUUCAUUUUAGAAUUGCCUUUCAUUUACUGAAGUGGAAUCUAUCAGUUUAUGAUUCACUUAUGACCUGUGGGAUGUGUUUAUUUUCUUCCCCUCAAAAUUUAAACAAAAUCUGUAAUAGUAUCAGCCCAAGAGUGGUGCUGUUACUAAGCGCCACAGACCAGUACAUAAACUAUGGGGGAAAAAAAUUCAUAUCUCUGCCUAAGAAAAUUUAGGUACUGAGUAAGAAUUGUGCUAUUUCUCUAUUAAUAUAGUCCAUUGGAGGUAACUUUUCUAAUGAAACAAAAAGUGCUUCUCUUAAAAACUAGAAAACUACAUAUAAAUUUUGUUCAUUUAGAACUCAGUAUUCUGGAUAAAACCAAUGGUCAGUAUUUUUGAUUUGAAUUAUCUGAGACUACAUUUUCAAAAUGAAUUUUAAAUAGAUAUUUGGUGUUUUUAUCUUAUUAAAGACAGUUUCAGAUUUGAUGCAGAUUGUUUUAAUAGGUUUCUAGAUUACUGGAGAUGAGGAAAAUAUACUGAGUUUUGAUAAUUUUUGAUAAGCCUCUCAUAUUCUUAUGCACUUUUUAAAAUAUAAAAUCCUAAAAAGAAUU